CAGGCAAGUUAAUGACGAGCCCACGACCGCUCGGCUCACAUCCCAGGCUUCACCACGACUCCAGCGAUCACCUGGGAUCCCACGGGGAUGUGCGCACGGGACCCGCCUCUGAGUGCGACCGCGCCGGUCCCACCUUCUCCCCGCUCCUGCGCAGCUCCGUGUGCGACAGCCUCAACAGCCUCUUCGUGCAGCUGCGGCAGAACGUGCAGCGCCUCAAUUCGGACGUCGCCGAGGUCACCGUGCACCUCGCCGAUCGGCCCAAGGUGCCGACGUCGCCCAUCUCGACCGCGGCACCCCUGACGACACCACGUUGUCCUCAUCACCACCGGACGACGCAGCAGCAGCAGCCUCGAGUUCGUGCGAGCGCCGUUGUUCGCAACUCGCCUCCGGGCUGCGCGGCGAAGAGAGUGGACGAUGCGAGGGGAAGCGGUGCUGAUGGGUCACCUCGGAGCGGGGUGCGGGCCGCGCAGGUGGCACGGCUGGUGGACGAGAGGAACGUGACGGUCCCCGUGGACGCGCGCGCCGAGUGGGUGCGCGUCACCUGCCAGGGCGGAUCGGAUGGGAACGAGACGGGAAUUUUUCUCCUCGCUGGAGGACGCCUGCAUCUCGGCGUGGUCAAGGAAGUGUUCGCGCUGCGUGUCGUCGAGAUUCAAGCUGGCGAGACGUGGAUGAUCAUCGGUGGGGAUGAGGACAAUUUGAUCCCGCUGACCUUUGACCCGGGUGCAGAGGUUGUGGUGCGGGAGGGCAGGAGACGGGUCUGGCACGGGACGGUCACGGCACGCAACGCAGAUGACGCGAGCUCCGAGGCGUAAGAAGGAACGCCUGAACCGGGCUACGAAGAAUCCAGGACAUGGGAAGCAGAAGACGACCACGAAUGUGGGGAAAACUACACGUGAAAGCAUUGUCUUGAGUGGUGUCUUGGAAAGCCAGGGCAGGUGGCAACCCUCGCCUGUGUAUGCACCAUCAUUGUCACAGGGUAAUCCUUUGCCACAUUGGAUCACCUAUAACAAUAAACACAUGGCCAUAGCCACAGCACUUAAAAUGUAGGUUUUCGUAGCCAUCAUGAUCCAUGUUAUUUGGGUUAAACUCCAUCCUUAAAUUCCGAGUUCACUACCCGAUGAAGCUCGAAUCAGUUUGAAUCAAACAUCGUCGUACGGUAAGUCUGGAGCCACCAGUGGAGCUUUAUUGAUAAGAAUAAUUUUCUCAAUGCAUUGCCACGUAUUAAUAUCUUUGUAGACGUGACAAUUGUCAGGUAGUAGACACGAAUUUCGGCAAACACAAUUACUACGUGGUGUCUCACUGUAAAAACAAAUAUGGAUCAACAUUGGUAACCCAGUGGUCCGCGUUUGCCUAUACUUUGUAGCUGCACUUAUUGCA